CACCCCUCUUCCCUCCUUGCUACACUACCAUAUUCUCAGACUGUUGUAUCUGUAUUCGAAUGCCUGUCUAGAGGUGUGGCCGGGAUGCCCGUCCAAGCCCUGUCUCUGCUGCCUCUGACUGUCUGUCUGUCUCGAUACACGAUUGGUUAAUUAAACCUCAAGGAGUAAGCUUCCUUUUGUCUUUUCAACUCCCGGUCCCCUUUCUCCCCAUUAGUAUUGAUGCCCGCCCGAUCCACUUCUGCACAUCUACCGUCAACUUUCUUCGAGACUAUCCGGACCCGUGCCCGGGCUAGUAAUCGAUAUCUCAUCUUUCCGCUGACAAAACCAAGCUUUCCCAUCAUCCGCUUGCGAAAGAUAGGGCCCAAACCAGCGGACCACGCGAGCAGAAAGCACAAACACUUGGCCCCUCAAGCGCGAACGCGCUUUUAUUCUCGUUGACUCUUUCCUCUCUUUUCUGCCCACAAUCUUCUUUCAUAAAGGAAGAAGGAAAAGAGCUAUGGCGUCCAAUGGACCAGACGAUGAUGCCCCCACACCAUCAGCAGCAACAGGAGGAGGAGCUCCGCCAGCCAAGGUCCCCUCCGAAAAGGAGCUCGCCCGCAAAAUCCGGAAGCGCGAGCUUGACCGCCGGGCCCAGCGGCAGGCUCGCGAGCGCACCCGCAACCGCAUCGCCGAGCUCGAGGCCCAGGUCAAGGAGCUCCGAAAGGAUGACUCGACGAGGCUGUCGGCCGCCAUGGAGCAGCUGGCCGCCGUCACGCGCGAGCGGGACGGCCUGUUCGACACCUUCAAGUCCAUCGAGCAGACGAUCCGCGACCAUGUGCUGCCGAGCCGCCCAACCCCAGCGACACAGCAACGCUCGCCGCCUCCCACCGUGACAGCGUCAACAUCCCUGCCGCGAGCAGGCUCAGCAGCCUCUCGGGAUGCGACUAUGCUUACGGAGCUCUCGGCGCCAACCUACACCGCACCCAUGGGCCUGCUGCCCGAAACCCCCGCCGCCCUCGACGUCCACGGUUUCCACGGUAGUGUCAAUGGCGCCGUCGUCGGCAGGGUGCCGAAUGGGUUCCCGGCAUCCAGCAUACACGCUCCCAGCGUCCACGCACCUAGCUCCACGUCGGACAGCCAGGACUUUGUCGACGACGAGGACGACGACGGGGACGAUGUCCCAGACGAUCCCAAUCUCAUAGUGCCACCACCCGAAGCGCACUGCGACUGCGUCACUGUCCGGACCCCAGCGGGCCCAGCGUCUCCGAAGGUGAAUGUGUGGCGGGCUGUUAACCAGGUCUUGGCAAAGCGGUGUCGCAUAUCGAAGGAAGCUCACGCGAUCGAGGACUCCAACGACGAGGACAUCCCCGUGCGGGUACUACUCGAGGGCUGGGAUGCCGUCGCGAAGUCACGGCCAUUGUCCAAGUUGUGGAGAAAGCUCCGCAGGGUCGACGAAUUGUGCUUCAUGACUUGCCCGCCGACAGAACGGCUGGCGAUCCUUCGAACCAUGCACUUGCUGCUGCAGUAUCACUCCGAUCCCACCCCCGAACGCUAUGCUAAGCUGCCCACCUGGUACCUGAAGAGACCAUCACAGGCGAUGCCACAUUCUUAUGCCAUCGACUUCUUUGUCUGGCCAGGUGUUCGGGAACGGUUCGUCUUUGGACAACAUCAUUACUGCAACAACCAGUUCUGGGAGCUCUUCGGCCCCAACUUCCACCUCCUCUGGCCCUAUGAAUUCCGUGACGCGUACAAAAAGAGCGUCGUCACAGGCCAGUACCAAAUUUCGCCCAUGUUCGAGCAGAGGAUAUCGGACAUCAACGCCUGGACAAUGGGCAUGGACUUCUUCACACGCUUUCCCGAGCUCAUCGCCGACAUCCCAGCAUUCCACUCCGUCGCCCAGGCCCUGACGCCCGCCGUCACCUCACCGCCCCCGAUCCACCAUCAAGCGCUGCCUCAGCAGGCUUCCCUAUCGCAGCUAAAGGAGCGCGACGAACGUCUUCUUCUCGAGCAGCAGGCCACGGCGGCAGCUGAGGAGCACCAGCAACAACAACAGCAACAGCAACAGCAGCAGCAGCAGCAGCAGCAGCAGGCCAACCAAGAUGUCAUGGAUUGCUCUCAGGCCAUGCAGGUGUACCCGGGGAGCCUCUACAGCAUGGCGCCUCCCGGCUUCAUGGACGAAUUCAUCCCUCAGGGCUAUGACGCGCACGGCCCUGCUGGAACGUACGGCUCGAUGCCUGGGUACUUUUGAACUGGUGAUGAGCACCUGAAGGAUUGCAAGAUACGAUCUCGCCCGUCGCCAAAUUGCUCACCAACAGUUCACGCGUGAACGGUCUAGGCGACGAUGAAGCGAUUGCCCAAUGCGGAAAGGCAUGCGGCUGAAGGAUGCACUGCAUCGACUGAGCUAGCUGCACGUCAUGUUCACUGGCUUAGCUGUCAACGUGCCAUGACAGGCGUUUCAGAAACGCGACCCGCCGUUGUGUCACCCACGAUGUCGGCGGCGAUCCUGACCUGUCGGCAAGCAGAGUUUCUGGCUGCAGUAAGGGUCCAAGACCACGACUAAUCAGCGCCAAAGAUCGAUCCGAGACCGAUGCCCUGCGCCACGAUCUCCAAGAGACGCGCCGAGCCGGCUGUUCGCGGGGAAAGGCUUGAAAAAGCGGCAAUUAGACGCGAGGGGACGAGAAUGCGGGUACUGUACGACGCAGCCUAUCGAUGAACUGAUCGAUGUAUAUCACGCCCAGCUCGGAUCACAGAUUGCGUGCGCUUCCGCGACUGGAGCUACUAAGGUUGCGUCUGCGUACUACUGUUGGAGCAAAAUUUACGAUUUAUGACUCAAGGAUUGGGUGCUAAUCAGCACCCAUCAUAAACAGAAUGGCAG